AUGGCUCUUAACAACAAUACUACGAAUGCUUCUUCGGGCUACAACACUCCAGACUCCGAGCUGGAAAGUGUUCUGCCUAUUCACCCCAGUGCUGCUCGUCGUCCGCAUGCGAUUGUAGUGCAGUCAGAGAACACCGCGUACUCGGACGAGUAUAUCACGGCCAAGUACGAGAAUCGCAAUGCGGAGGUCACGGUCACGGAUGGACAGUUCCUCGUCAAUCCGACUGUGCAGUCCUUUGAAUUUCAGACCAAGAGGGUUCCAGGAAAGACUGGACUGAUGAUGAUUGGAGUUGGAGGAAACAAUGGAACGACGCUUUGUGCGACGAUACUUGCUAAUCGACACAACAUCGUUUGGCACACCAAGCAAGGUAUUCAACAACCCAAUUAUAUCGGUUCUCUCCUCCGUGCUUCUACUGUUCGUAUCGGGACCGAGGCCUCAACCGGUAAAGACGUGCACGUUCCCGUGUCUGACGUUCUUCCGAUGGUCCAUCCUAACGACCUCGUUCUUGGUGGUUGGGAUAUCUCUGGUGUUCCGCUCGAGAAAGCUAUGCAACGCGCUCAGGUUUUAGACUACGAUUUACAACGCCAAGUCGCGCCUCACAUGGCUCUACUCGGGAAACCCCUUCCAUCGAUCUAUUACCCUGAUUUCAUCGCAGCCAACCAAGAAACCCGCGCUGAUAAUCUUAUCCCUGGGCAGGACAAACAAGCGCAUCUUGAACAUAUUCGUGCGGAUAUUAGGAAGUUCAAGAAGGAUAACGGGUUGGAUAGGGCUGUGGUCUUUUGGACUGCGAAUACUGAGAGAUAUAGCGAUAUCAUCCCUGGCGUUAACGACACCGCGGAAAACCUUCUCUCAUCUAUCAAGUCUUCCCACCCGGAAGUUUCCCCCUCCACCUUAUUUGCUGUCGCCGCCAUUCUCGAGGGUGAACCCUUCAUCAACGGUGCUCCCCAAAACACUUUCGUCCCUGGGGUCAUUGCGCUCGCUGAACUCCAUAAAUCUUUCAUUGGUGGAGACGACCUGAAAUCUGGACAAACCAAGCUCAAGUCGGUGUUGGCUGAGUUCCUGGUAAACGCAGGAAUCAAGCCGCUCUCGAUCUCGUCAUAUAACCAUCUAGGCAACAACGAUGGAAGGAAUUUGAGUGCGGAAAAGCAGUUCAGGAGCAAGGAGAUUAGCAAGAGUAGCGUGGUUGAUGACAUGGUUGAUGCCAAUCGGGUCCUCUACAAGGCGCCGGAGGUUGGAGAAAAGGGGAUCCCGGUCGGGAAGGGUGAACAUCCUGAUCAUAUUGUUGUGAUCAAGUAUGUUCCCGCUGUGGGCGACUCGAAGAGGGCGAUUGAUGAAUAUUAUUCUGAGAUCUUCUGUGGAGGGAGGAACACGAUUAGUAUCUUCAAUGAAUGCGAGGACUCCCUCCUCGCUACCCCACUCAUUCUCGACCUUACCAUUCUCACUGAGCUCCUCACUCGUGUGAAGUACCGCAAGACUUCUUCUGGAGAGACCAAGGAGUUCGCCCCCUUGUACCCCGUCCUCUCACUGUUAUCGUACAUGUUGAAGGCUCCGCUUGUCAAGCCUGGCACCGACGUUGUCAACAGUCUCAACAGGCAGCGAAAUGCUCUCGAGUCAUUCCUUAAGGCUUGUCUUGGCCUAGAAAGCAAUAAUGGUGAUUUGUUGAUGGAGACGAGGGUGUGGUAG